AUAUGCAUAUGAUCCACGACGGCAAGCAAAAAAGUGGGGUGGGGGAAUGUUAGCACGGGGUCAAGUAAAUUUGUUGUGUGUAUAUAAUAUUGCAUGCACACAAUACAAGGCCAACUAGAGAGAGACAUCUUUUAGCUUCUUCUUGCUCCAGUGAGCCUUUAAGUUCUGCUGUUUCUGUCAUCCAUCUGCUUAGUUCUCUCCAAUUCCAAAAUGGCAUUGGUCGGGAAUGUCAAGCUUUUUCUCUGCACAGUUUUAUGGCUCAACGUGAUCAGCAGUAUUUCAUGCCAAGGUAAGAAGGAGCAUUUCAGCCGGGAAUAUCAGUACCCAUUUAUCAGACGUGCAAGCUCUUUCUCACCCUCAUCACCACCAUCAUCAUCAUCAAGCUCAUCAUCCAACGGCGGAGAUGGGGCGUAUGACUACAUAAUUGUAGGGGGUGGCACAGCUGGGUGUCCCCUGGCAGCUACCCUCUCCCAAAAGUUCAGCGUCUUAUUACUGGAAAGAGGGGGGGUACCCUUCUCCAACAUAAACGUCUCACACUUGCAGAACUUUCAUUUAUCUCUUGCAGACACUUCACCCACUUCUGCAGCUCAAACAUUCAUUUCAACCGAUGGGGUCCUUAAUUCUAGGGCUAGGGUUUUGGGCGGAGCCUCCUGCAUCAAUGCUGGUUUCUACACAAGAGCAAGUUCACGGUAUGUUGGGAAUGUAGGUUGGGAUGCCAAGUUGGUGAAUGAAUCAUAUCCAUGGGUUGAGAAGCAAAUUGUUCACAGGCCAAAGCUUGCACCAUGGCAGAAAGCACUAAAAAAUGGCCUUUUGGAAGUUGGGGUCUCACCCGAUAACGGAUUCACAUUUGAUCAUAUAUCUGGAACAAAGGUUGGGGGAACUAUUUUUGACAAGUUUGGCCAUCGACACACUGCUGCCGAACUGCUUGCUUCUGCUAACCCUGAGAAGCUUAACGUCCUAAUUUAUGCAACAGUUCAGAAAAUAAUGUUUGACACAACAGGGAAGCAACCAAAGGCUGUAGGAGUAAUCUUCAAAGACGAAAAUGGAAAUCAACAUCAAGCAGCUCUAGCAAGGAGACAAGGGAGUGAAAUUAUUGUGUCUUGUGGGGCAAUUGGGAGCCCUCAACUACUGCAAUUAAGUGGCAUUGGACCUCAGGCAGACCUUAGAAAGUUGAACAUUUCGGUGGUGCUGGAUAAUGAGUUUGUUGGGGAAGGUAUGGCGGAUAACCCUCAUAAUGCCAUUUUUGUUCCCACUAAAACACCAGUUGAACAGUCACUGAUUCAAGCUGUGGGGAUUACGAAGAUGGGUGUGUAUAUUGAAGCUAGCAGUGGUUUUGGGCAGUCAUCAGACAGCAUUCAGUGCAACCAUGGAAUCAUGUCAGCUGAGGUUGGACAGCUCUCAACAAUUCCCCCAAUGAAAAGAACGCCACAAGCCGUUCAAGCUUACAUCAACAGAAAGCGAGAUCUCCCUCAUGAGGUAUUCAUGGGGGGCUUUAUUUUAGAAAAGAUUGCAACUCCCAUUUCGACAGGCCAGCUGCGCCUAAUGAAUACCAAUGUUGAUGAGAACCCCUCUGUCAGUUUUAACUACUUCAAAAAUCCAUAUGAUCUACAGCGAUGUGUUGAUGGUAUUCGCAUGGUGGAGAAGGUAGUGAGGUCGAAACACUUCGAAAACUUUACAUGUGACAAGUACACUAUGGAUAAACUGCUCAACAUGAGUGUCACAGCUAAUGUUAAUCUCAUUCCUAAACAUACCAAUGAUACAAAGUCCCUAGAACAGUUCUGUAGAGACACUGUCAUCACAAUUUGGCAUUACCAUGGUGGGUGUCAUGUGGGCAAAGUGGUGGAUCGUGACUAUAAGGUCCUUGGCAUUGACAGGCUGCGUGUCAUUGAUGGUUCAACUUUCAGUGAAUCACCUGGGACUAAUCCACAAGCCACAGUUCUAAUGAUGGGCAGGUACAUGGGAGUGAAAAUGCUGAGAGAGAGAUUAGGAGCAGCUGCUGGUAUGUAAAAAAUGAAGAUCAACUAGGUGCAGAAGAGCAGUGUUAGUUUAAUAUAAGAAAUAGUUUUUCCCUUCUAUUUCUCAAAAAGCUAUUAUACUUGUAGAGAUGAUUGCAAAUGAGAACAUGGACAGUCAACAUCUCCACGUUGCUGUAUGUAUUGUUGUUAAAUAAAUGUAUCUGCUGGUGUCUUUACUA